AUGGUCUUCGGAAGCAAUAACCACGAAAACCGUAACCACUCGAAGGCCAACAGGUCAGGCCGUGGCUACCAACCGGGAGACCCGUUCGCUCCUUUGCCUUCUGCGACUGGCGAUCCGUUUGCCGCCCCAUCCCGCACUGACCCCUUUUCCAUCCCCCCCUCAGAGAAUCGCUUUUCGGGUGCUUCCACAGCUCCAGAUCCUUUUUCGCGUCCCUUGACUGCAGACCCUUUCCUCGCCCCCCCACCGUCGCAUCCCGCAAGCCGCCCUGGCCGUUCCGACAGGCCCUCUAACUUCGCAUUUGGUCAACCCCACCCCGGCUUCUCUGCAGCCGGAAGACCAAGCGCCUUCGCGAGCACGAGCAAUCAAAAUGCUUCAGAUUUUGGACUGCAGCAUACCGGCACCGCUUUCGGCACCCAGGCUGGCCCUUCGUCGGAACUUGCCGACCCAUUUGCUCCCCGUGGGCCGGUCAAUCAAGGACGAAACCGAAACGGCCCUGCUCCAAUUGCGACCUCAUCAGGAUCUAGGGAUGGGCAGGUCCCCUUUGGGCAUCGAACGCAACGUCCUUCAGCAGGAUUCCCGCAUGGUCCGAAUGGGCGCCGUUUGUCCUCCAAGCUCAUGCUCCCGCGCGUUCCUCAACGGAUGUUUAGUCGAGAGGCAGUCCUUGACCACUUCAAGAAGUACCCCGACGUCUAUCCGAUUGAAGUGUCGCUCCGCGGUUCUAACACGGCACGAGAUGGAAAGCGUACCGCUGUUAUCUCGUUCAGGACUCCGCAAGAAGCCACCACCGCCAUGCAGCAUAUUCGUCAGGACCACGACAAUUCAUUGCAGGUGCUGUAUUUCAAGGAGGGGCCCAUGCCUGGGACAAAUCCACAAACCUCCAUGGAUCAAGACUACCCCGAACCGCAUUACGAGCCGCGGCCUCAUCAGUCAACAGCCAUGUCGAAUGAGCUGCUAUUUUCCUUUGUUCCGAAAGAGCUAUUCACUGAGGAGGCCAUCCGUAACCUCUUUGAUAAUAUCUCGGAUAGAAGGGUGGUCUCCGUCAGUACAAAAGCGCGCACGAUGCACAGUGGCGCGCAGAAACGUACCGCGAUCAUUGCUUUCACGGAUGUUAGUGCAGCGAAGGCAGCACUUGACGGACUGCCCUUGUUCAAAGGCGAGCCUUUGCAAGUGAAAUAUCGAAACCGUCCUCCUCACUUGCAGAAGACGAGUAACCGCAACAGCGAUGACAACGGUCAUACGCGGCCUCAAGAUGCAGCUCCCUUUGGCCGGACAACCCCAGACGAUCCCAUUGCUCGCAUGGAAAACUCCGUGCAGGAACACCCACAGAGUGUCGCUCACACAAUGUUUGCGGGGGGAAACCAACAAGACCUAAAUACAAAGUUCACUCCGGGGCCGCCUGGUCCACGUACUUUGGGCCCUGGCCCGGGUUUUCAAACCCAGAACGUUCUUGCGCACGACAUGCAAACUAUGACGAAUACGAGAGUGAGCUGGGAGCAAGAGAAGGCGCAACUGCAAAGAAGCAUCGCCGAAAAGGAGCGGGAAGUCGCUCGUUUAAGGCGUAACGGUCGUGGCAAGUCGAAAAAACCUGAAGUGGGAGUCAACAACAAUAAGCCGAACCACUCAGGGGAACAAUCUAGACAAAUGUCAGGGGAAAGACUUGGAGUCCAGGCACAAUCUUCAAAGCGGGUCGUGAGAGAAGAUACCAACAAUGGCAGUGCGUGGAGGAAUGUUGGUGCAAAGCUGAGUCUGGCAGACGCGACGCAAUUCGUUGGUACAUGCCAAACGAUGUGUCCGGAGAAAGAAAUUUCCGAAAGGAUUCUGCAGCGAGACAUCUCAUUCUUCGAGACACAAGGGGGUCAACCGGAUGCGGCAAUGGCGGUGAAAAAGUAUCGCCGGUCCGCGGCCAUCAGUGAGAACCCGCAGCCGGAGGAAGUUCGACCACCCGCCGUGCUCGUCCGCACCAUGGAGUAUCUAAAACAAAUUUGCGACAACACUGAGCGCUCUUUUGUCGAUGUUCACAAUUUUGUUUGGGAUAGAACUCGGUCUCUGCGGCAGGACUUCACAUUUCAAGGUGUGAUGGAUGAGCAAUGCAUUAAGGUGAACGAAGAAAGUGUUCGCUUCCAUAUCAUGUCAGAACACCGCCUCACUGGCACCGACCCAGACAAGUUUUCGUCGAAGCAAAACAGAGAGCAGCUGGACAAGUGCUUUAUCUCACUUCGGGAGAUGUACGAUCUGAGGCGAGAGAAGGGCCUUCCCACAGCUCCCAACGAGGCGGAGAUGCAAGCGUACUACAUACUAACGCAGAUGUCAAACGCCCAAACUUGUGUCCAGCUGUGUACGGGGUUUGAGAGGAAAAUUCGGAACAGUGUGCCGGUUCAGUUUGCUCUGCAUAUAGUGAAAUCGGCAUCAUCGUCAAUUGGGAACUAUUAUGCUUACUUUGCGUGUGUAAGGGCUGCCCCAUACUUAAUGUCCUGCUUGUUGCAAACGCAGUUUACACGAAUCCGGUGCCACGCUUUAUCGGUGCUCAAUUCUACACAUGGAAACGCAUCCAGUUCAGAUACUAUAGCAGUUUCAGAUCUGACAUCACAACUUGGCUUUGAUGGGCACGAGGACACAGUCGAAUUCUGCUCGAUUCUUGGGCUGAAUCCUGCGCAUGGAUUAGGAAACGCUCAUGUUGAGGCGAUUCAAUUGCCAUCCCAGAGUUUUAGCGAGGCCAAUGCGUAUAAGUGGAAACGGAGGCCAUCCAAACUCGUAGAGAGCAAGUCCGCUGGUCUGACUUGCUCUGAUAUUAUCGCAGGGUCAGGUGCACAGGAUUAUGACCUCUCGAAAUUACCAUGUGUCACUUCAGCAAGUUUGCGUUCUAAGAAACCUGUUAGCUUUCCAGGAGCUGGCUCUACGGGGCCCAUACCUGUGCCUGCACAGCUGCGUUCUUUGCACGAUCGUCAAGAGGUGCCUGAAGUGAGCCUUGUUUCAACUCCGACGACCGCACCUAAGAAGCCAUCGAUUCUUGAUCGGUUAAGCGGCCGAAUGCCAGGACGACUCUCCUCCGAUGCACCAUUCUCCGGUCGACCAUUGAGUGCCCCUCGCGAGGCCGCCAGUGUCCAGAAAGAAACCCCACCAGUGCCACCAUUAUUAGCUGAAAGACCGCACCUGCCCCAACCUGACGCGGGUCACGAAGCGGUCAAAAAUGCGAUUACUCCAGUAGUACCAAAAGGUGAACGUCCUCAGGGAGCUUCCAUAUUUUCGGAUGGGACAUACUGCACCCCCCAUGAUUCUUCAAAGCGAAAGAGAGUACGAUUUAAUUUAGAAGGUGUCAAUCAGAGCAACCCAACCUCGGUGCAAGAGGAAGCAGAAACACAGCUUGAAAGACUGAAAAGGCAAAGACCAGAAACCACACAGAUUACUCCUGUUAGCGGAGGCCUGCAAGAACCUAGCCAGCUGCAACCAACUGCGAAUGGCAUUAUUAGGGAUACACGUUCCGAAAUCGCGCAUGGCAGAGAUGCACCGGCACCUGCUCAGAUCAAUCAUCAGGCGGAAGCGGAGGCGAAGGCUAGAUCAGAGAAAAUCCAGCACGAGCAAGCGAAGGCUGCUGAAGAGCUCAAACACAAGGAAAUGUUUGAAAGAGCCAUUGUCCGGAGAAAAGAGGAAUUAGAACAAGCUCGCAAGGAGCUUGAGCGGGAAACUGAACGUGCUGAGGCCUUUGCUGAUUUUGAAAGAACCGUAUCGACGUGUGUAGACACUGCGCAAACAUUGAAAGCUCAGUUGGUCAGAAUUCAAAAGUCUUUUGAGGGGUUUUCAAGAUUUGAUGGACUGCCUUCGGGCCGUUGGGAACGAUGCAGGGAAACAAAUGGGCAACUUGAAGAGAUUGCUGAAGACCUGUAUCGUUGUCACGGAGAAGUGCACAAAGUGAAACCAUUAACCGCAUUGGGUGAAGAGGCGAAGCGAGCCCUUCUGGAAGACCUUUCUGCUUUGGACAGCCUCGGCAAAGACGUCUGGAAACUGGUUUGGAAAGCAGAAGCAACUUGUUUGCAUGCUCGAGAGCGGAUUGGUGGCUCGCGUUUAGAUAGUUGCAACUAAUGCCCUUGUAAGAGAAACUUUUUUAACGACAUGUCUUGUUGCGAGAGACAGUCUUGCGAGGGCCAGUGGGGGUGAGGAGAAAAUGUGUUCCAGUCGGAAUGUCAGGCCUGAAAGAUAAAUCGCUGGACAGGCACCUCUGUCAAUUGGUUUAUUGCGAAACAUAAGGACUCAAUAAGGAAGAUGGAAUCUCAUGCCGUUCGCUACGACGGUGCUGUUCCUCCUGACGGUAAAUAUUCUGAAGCGGCGCACUGCAUCACAUCAAGGUCUGCAACUUUUGUCGUUUUGGCUGCUGAUUUUUCGGAUUGUGGUUAGCAGGAACGUCUUCCGUGUCGAGAAUCACACGUGCUUCACUGAACUUGUACAAAACCUGCUAGAAGCACAAAUUUUUGGCCUGAUGGGCAUUUAACUAUGACUAAACUAACUAAAAACUAUGAAUAA